AUGUCCGGCCCGCAAGACAUGCACCUCAACAAUGGCGCUGAACUCUCCGAGUCGAUUGAACAGCUAAAGCUCGGCGACGAGCCUCGCCUGGGUCCUGAUGGAGAUCCGGCGCCGAAAACGGAUGAAGAGUAUGCUCAAACUCAACUGACAUUGCGGGCGAUUGUAUCCUCUAAGGAGGCUGGAGUCAUUAUCGGAAAGGGCGGCAAGAAUGUCGCCGAUCUUCGUGACGAAACGGGCGUGAAGGCUGGCGUUAGCAAAGUUGUACAGGGCGUCUACGAUCGAGUCUUGACAAUCACCGGCGGGUGUGAGGCAAUCUCAAGGGCUUAUGCCGUUGUUGCCCGAGCUUUGUUGGAAGGUGCCCCGGCCAUGGGCAUGGGCGGCGUCGUUCAGAACAACGGCACUCACCCAAUCAAACUGCUCAUCUCCCACAACCAGAUGGGCACCAUCAUUGGCCGGCAGGGCCUCAAGAUUAAGCACAUCCAGGAUGUAUCGGGCGUGCGCAUGGUGGCGCAGAAGGAGAUGCUGCCGCAGUCCACGGAGCGCAUAGUCGAGGUUCAAGGCACGCCUGAGGGCAUCCAACGGGCCGUGUGGGAGAUUUGCAAGUGCCUAAUCGAUGAUUGGCAACGGGGCACAGGGACAGUCUUGUAUAAUCCCGUCGUCCGGACCCAAGGUACCGGCGCACCCGGCCUCGCGGGGGCCAGCAGCUACGUACAGGACCGAGGCCCGUACAGUGGCUCUCGUGUCACGCGAACAGGCAAUGGUGCCGAUUUCAGCAACGGCGGGCCUCGACCCUUCAAUCGCCGCUCCGAUUCCGAUGCAGCUGCCCGUGGUCCGCCGACCCACGAUGAAAACGGGGAGGAGAUCCAGACGCAGAACAUUAGCAUUCCUGCAGACAUGGUUGGCUGCAUUAUUGGACGCCAGGGCUCCAAGAUCAGCGAAAUUCGCAAGACUUCAGGCGCCCGGAUCUCCAUCGCCAAGGCUCCCCAUGACGAGACUGGUGAGAGGAUGUUCACCAUCAUGGGCACUGCAAAGGCGAAUGAGACAGCUCUGUUCCUCCUCUAUGAAAACCUCGAGGCGGAGAAGAUGCGGCGCCAACAACAGGCCGCUCAGCCUUCCGAGUAG